CUAACUCCACCUCGGAGCAGGCUCACAGCCCCACACACAGAGGAGACCAUGGGAGGGACGGCACGGGAGAGCCCGGAGGACUGCCGCUUUCUGGACGCAGAAGCAUCCAAGACACGAAGGAGGACCUGCAGGAGAUACCAGAUCUGUGGGCUGCUCUUCAGCGUGCUUCUCAUCUCCCUUAUUCUGGUCUUUUUUGGUGUGAAGUAUCUCUGGAGCUCACCACCCAGAAAAGUUUAUGACAUGGAACACACAUUCUUCAGCCACGGAGAGAAGAAGAAGAUCGUGAUGGAGAUUGACCCUCUGGCCAAGACAGAGACCUUCAGGAGUGGGAAUGGUAGUGAGGAAAUCCUGGAGAUCCACGACUUCAAAAAUGGGAUAACUGGCAUCUUCUUCGUGGGACUUCAAAAAUGUUUCAUCAAAAUGCAAACUAAAGUCUUACCUGAGACAACAGAGGCCAAGAUCCCUGAGCUUGAGGGAGAAGAAAUCACAACCACUUACUUUGAGCAGUCUGUGGUCUGGGUACCUGGGGAAAAGCCCAUCCAGAACAAAGAGUUCCUGAAGAGCUCUAAAAUUUUUGACAUCUGCAGGAACAUGACCAUGUACUGGAUCCACCCCACACCGACAGCAGCUCCUGAGCUGGCCAACCCUGAAACGGUCCAGGAAGAAGACCUUGAGCUGUUCGUAGACAGCCAGAGCUGGCUGGAUGGCGGGACUGAACAGGAGAUGGAGAAGGAUACACAGCCAGGGCCGAAGCGUCGAGCACGGCAGCUCACCGAGGAGGACCUGCCUGUCAACGACUAUUCGGAGAACGGGCUGGAGUUCCACCCCUUGUGGGAUGAGCGAGGCUACUGCUGCGCCCAGUGCCGCCGCGCCAACCGCUACUGCCGGCGGGUCUGCGAGCCCCUCCUUGGCUACUACCCCUACCCCUACUGCUACCAGGGUGGGAGGGUCAUCUGCCGGAUCAUCAUGCCCUGCAACUGGUGGAUCGCACGGAUGCUGGGCAGGGUGUAGCACCCACUGCAGCGCCCAGCGCUCGGGUGCUGCCCUGUGCCCGCCUGCCCUGUGGGCACUUAUCCGGAUGCGUCCUGCGGGAGCCGCCGCGCUGCCAGAGCGCCUGCAGACCCCAGCACCCUGGCUGGGCGCCCUCCGCCCGCCUGCCUCCGCGUCCCACGCAGCUCCCGCGGGGCAGGGGGAGGCCGUGCUCAAGUGCAUCGUGGCCACGCUGAGCAGCGAGAGCAAACAAUAAACGUCUUG